AUGUUCUCCGCCAAAGGAAAGUCCAACUCUUCCCGGUAUGAGCCCCUCGCGCUGCAUGACAAUGGCCAGUACUCCAGCGUUACUCUCGAGAAGCGUUCCUCCUCUGAGGAGGACGAAGACGAUGACCACUCUGCCCCCUUGCUGGAAGCUUCAGAAACCCUCCCUGCGCUUGCGCCAUCCAAGCCCUCGCAGCUACCCAGGCUCAUCUUUUACCUCUCCUUCGCAGUAGCGCUUUUAUCAGUUGCUAAUGUUGCCCUUCUUCCGGCUACAUUGUCAAAAUACCAAUUCUACCCCAUCUCCGACUCUGAACUCGAGGCACUCCCCUAUGGCGACGCAAGACUGGGAUUGGACAGGGCGGCGAAGAUGCUGCCACCUCCCAAGGUCUAUCACCACGCCUGGCCGGAUAGAAUUGUACGCGUGAGCCGGAAGCUCAAGAAUGCCGUGUGGGGUCAUGGGGCUCAGGUCUAUAUCACCGUCGAGCUUACAGAAGACAAGGACUCGACAAUCAUGCGCUUUCCCGUACCUUCCGCUGGCGUCAAUGCGUGCGCAAUCUCCUGGAAGCCGCCUCCUGAGAAUUCUGCGCGUGUGAAAGACCUCGCAACCAAAGGCGACAUAACGCAAGUCGAAGUCUGGCAGGUUAUUGCGCCCUCGCCUACCUUGGCCCCCGUCGCUUCUAGCAUGGACGAGCUCGACUACGACACGUUGUCGUACUCGGCCCUUCCCGUUCGCGGCGAGCUACUUGGCGUGCUAGAUCUUACAGCCCAGCCGAACAGCACAACAGUGGAGUUUGCAUGUCCCAGCGAGGCCGAGAGUCUGGUGGUGGAGAUGAGAUGCCAGCGCGUGGCAUGUCAUGUGAGCUUCAAGCAAAUUGAUAUGUUGCCAAGCUUUGGUUUCGAAUUGGUAAGGCGACGGAAGUGA